GUGUGGGCGGCUCCGCGGCAGUGAGAUGCGGUGCGCGCGGGGUCUGGAAUUAACCGAGGGCUCGCAUCAACCCCGACAAUGACAUUUUAACAUUUUUUACGUCAUUGUGUGUCUGUAACAGCCGUCCUGCCUGCGGCUCACGCAUGAUGGACGCGUCUGCGGCGAGGAGAGCGCCGCCGGUACCGGAGAUCAGCCCGCUGGACCGAUACGACUCCACCCGAGCCAAGACUCGUGCCAGUGUCUACUGGCUGCUGAGCCGAGCCCACGGAUCUGAAGAGAAUGUUCCUGCUGUCCUGAAGGAGGCGCUGUGUUCAGAUGGAGGUAUCAGUCCGGCAGUAGAGAAACUUCUGCUGUCAGGUGAUCUGUACUGUCGUGCCUUCACCUCAGAGCCUCUCAUCAGCAUCACAGCGCCACCUCGAGACCACAGCACCUUACUGCAGCUCCUCCAGCGAUACAGCCCGGUCCCACUGGAGCGACAGAACCCCGUCACAGAGUCACGGCUCACUCAGAAACCCAUCAACAUGGGAGCUCACCUGGCAGUGAUAGAUUCACUGAUGUCACUGUGUGCCAUGGAAACGGUGGGGCGGAUCAAGAUGACGAAAGAUAUCGAUCAGUUUGGAGGCAACACAAGCUGGGAGAAUGCUCUUCUCUUCUGGAUCAACAAGGUGAAUCAGAAGUUAAGGGACAGCUUUAAUGUGGAGGAAAAACCAAAAUCCAACCCUUGCACAGACCUGCAACCACUUCAGCCCUCUUGUUCACAGCGCUGGUAUUGGAAACUGGUUCCACAUGCCAUCGCAUUUUGUUUGAAGGAGUCUGGAAAUAAACCUCCUGUGAUCCGUUACAGGAAAGAUAAAGUUCAGUCUAAAGAGACGGUGAUGUUUUGUGUAGUGUCUGGUGUGAAGGAUCUGUCGAAUGGUUGUGCCAUUGCUGCUGCUCUUCACUUUUACUGCCCUCAGAUUUUGGCGCUGGAGGAUGUGUGUUUGAAGGAGACCCUGUCUGUGGCAGAUAGUUUGUAUAAUCUUCAGCUGAUCACAGAGUUUUGUGGAUGUCAUCUGAAGAGAGAAGUCCACUGCUCAUUACAGAUGGAGGAUUUACUGUAUUCCCCGCCCACUUUACAGGUGAACAUCAUGUGCUUCCUGUCAGAGCUGCUGGCUGUGUUUGAAGUACAGAAACCAGAUUUCGUCAAGCCCACACAAACACUGGACCUAACAGAUGCAUCAGAUCUAGUCGACUGCAAGAGUCCAAUCAACAGUAGCAGCUCUCCAUCUUUCAUUCUGAAGCAGUCGUUCUUGCCUCAGUCUUCCUCUAUGUCUGAAGGACGAGGCUGGAGCAAGAAACAAAUGAGUCGUCCUCUCUCUGCUGUGGCUUUCAGCAUCCCGUUUCCUCUGGACAGUGAUGUUGAUGUCGUCAUGGGCAACCCUCUCUUCCGUUCCGUCAGCACAGAUAGCCUUACUAAGGUAUCCAACCCUGGCCCAUACACGCCCCCAGAGGAUCUGAGUAAGCUCAUUGGUCAGGCGCCUCUGGGGGAGUUACCUACAAUAGAGGAAGCCUUACAGAUCCCUCAUAUGCUCCGUCCUGUGCGCAACGAACCACGUUUGCGACCCGAGGGAGCGCCAUCAGGUUUUUACCUCCACCAUCCUGAAGAGAGUGGGGCCAGAUUGAGCAGCUCUGCCCCCUGUAAGUCAGGAAUGAUAUAUCAACCCGUCAGAGGAGAACCUGAUAGCAGUGAAAAACAUAGACGACGUGACGACUAUUUAGAUUCGGACACAUCAGAAGACUUUAACAAAACCUCCUACAGCCCGGUCAACGGCCCCAAGGGCGGACACAUGACUAAUUUUGCCGAGCGCAGGAAGGCGGCGUUGGAUUCCCCGAGUAGCUCUAGAUCCCAGGAGGCAGCGGAAUCAUUCAGCCCCUCUGCGAUGAGUGCUGUUGGGAUAGCAGAGGCGCAGGAGCUCGGGGCGCGUUUGGAGGAGAAACGCAAGUCGAUUGAAGCUCAGAAGAGACGGAUUGAGGCCAUCUUUACCAAGCACAGGCAGAGGCUUGGCAAGACCGCGUUCCUCCAGCUUCAGAGGAAACCAGGAGAAGAAGUGGAGGAAGAGGGACAGCCACUUACUCUGGAAGAACGGCUGACACAAAUGGAAGAGCAGCUUCAACAGGAGGAGAACAGGGAGAAACAGGAGGAGAGACAACAACAGGAGAAAGUGAAAGAAGAAGAAACAAAAAGCAACAACAAUAGCGAGGAUUUAAUUCCACCCAAAUUGGAGAAACAAGUGACAUUCUCUGUAGAAACAAAAAAAGGGGAUGGAAAAGAGCCACCAUUAGGGGAAUACGACGAGGCAGUAGCUAAGCUAAGCUCUGCCCUUCAGACCCUGCAAAAAGACAUGCAACGCCUCACAGAACAGCAGCAAAGGCUUAUGGGAAAGAAAACCACGAGCUCACCGAAAAACAGCUCCUUAAAUAAGACUCCUUCUUCCAGCAAGGCAUGGGUCAUCCCUUCCUCUCCCAAAUCCCCUGCCACACCCCCUCAUCUUUCAAGAGACUCCACCCGCAUCAUUUCACCAUAUGGAUCUCCAUCACGCUCCGUUCAAACUUCCGACAGUCCCAGAUCCCCCAGAAGCUCAGCAUCAUCCACACCACGCAGGCACCGUAACACUGAUCCUAAGAGUCCAAAACGCCACCGUCCUUCACGGCCCACAGAUCUUGGGUUCCAGCCGAUCACGCGUGUUUUGACGCCUCCGCAGAACGUUGACACGCUCCCUCACCUGCGCCGAGUUUCUCCGAGCCAGUGUCAGGUACAGACCUCAUCUUCGCUACGCAUCGGAGGUCCUUGUACGCCGCAAGACUCUCCACCGCAACCUGUCCCAGCCCAAGAGAGCACACCGGAAUCUGGCUCCAGUGACCAUCACACUCCAAUCUUCACCUUGGAGCUGGAGGCUGGACCUCCAUCUGCACUCCCAGCUGAUCUGCUAGGAGGUGGGAGCAGCUCAGGAGCUCCGUCGGAGUGCUCAUACGAAAACGACGUGCUUCUUAGCAGUGCUUGCCUCAAAGACGAGACGGAGGAAACCGAAGGUGUGGGGACGCUGGAGGACGACACAGAUCUGGAGCAGGGUACAGAAAUAUUCUCAUCGGAUUCCAUGAGCGACCACACCGAGACCGAGAGCAGACUGGGGCUCGACGUUUUCUUUAAGGAGGCGGGGCUUUCAGAGGAGGAGAUGGCCCAGAAAAGAGCUCUGCUGUUAGAACGUCAGCAAAGACGAGCUCAAGAGAUCAAGAGACGAAAACAAGACCAAGACUUCGAGGCCAGUCAGCAGUCUUCCACAGAUGACCUUCUAUGUUCUCAGACUCUUCAGCCACUUUCACAGUCAUUGCCCACCUCAUACACCCCAGGCCCUCCCUCACAGGCCACGCCCCCAGGCACACCCCUGAGAUGGGGAGCGUUUACCAGGGCCGAGUAUGAAAGACGUCAUCAGCUGAGGAUAAUGGCUGAUCUAGAGAAAGUUCUCAAACAGAAGCCAACGAAACACAGUGGCAAAAAACAGCGUAACAUGCACAAAAACCAUGAGCUAACUCGCUCACCGGGAAAGAACAAAACAGCUAACCAGAAACACGGUGAAUCUCUACCAGCUGAUAAACCAGUAAGCCAUUCAGAUUCACCUUCAAAGGUGAUGUCAUCAGGGCAGCUAGCCAAUCACAAUGGAGGGAAAGACUUGGAAAACCGAUCUAAUGCCUCCUCUCCGGCAUCCAUCCCAGAAUACAACGGUCCUAAAUUGUUUAAGGAACCCAGUUUUAAAUCAAACAAGUUCAUCAUUCACAACGCUCUCUCACGCUGCUGCCUCGCUGGCAAAGUCAAUGAGUUUCAGAAAAACAAGAUUAUAGAGGAGAUGGAGAAAAGCUCAGCCAGUCAUUUUCUCAUCCUGCUGCGAGAUUCCAGCUGUCAAUUUCGCGCCAUUUAUACUCUUGACGGCCAAUCGGAUGAGCUGCAUCGACUCUGUGGCGUCGGCCCGCGCGUCAUUACAUCCUCGGCCGUGGAGGCCAUCUAUAAAUACAGCUCAGAUAGAAAACAGUUCAACGCUCUGCCGUCUCGUACCCUGAGCAUGACUGUCGAUGCCUUCACUAUCCCCGCUCACCUGUGGCAUUCCAAAAAACAUGGCACACCAAAAAAAGGUGCCACACCCAAAUAAACCCCUCCCACUGGGACAAACCACUCCCCCUCCUGUGUGGUUAUAUACAUCUCCCAUCAUUACAAACUUUUUCCAGCAAAAUACGUUCAAAUAAAAGCAAACAUCCCAUCUGAUUUGAAGUGCCAUUCCUCAAAAUAAACACUUACCAGCACAAAUCAAACCUUUAGUCAACAAUCUCCACAAUUAAGUGCAUUUAUUAUAAAACAGAACGUCUUCUGACGCUGCAUGAACAGAAAUAAAGCCCAUAAAUGUGCCCUGAAGUUUUAACAAAAAUCUUCAAAACCAAAUCCUCUAUUGCAUGUCCGGUACAGUCCAAAUAUCUUUCUUAUACAAUCAUUUGAUAGAUUUUUUCCUGAAUCUCAACACUUGAAAUCUGUCAUUUUCGUGAGAAAUGCUGCUGAAGGUCUCUGGUGCUCGGAGAUGUUUGCUUUUAUAUGAUUUAUGAACAAUGAUGGUUCUCUUUAUGUUCUCCUUUCUGAUCAUAUCUGUGUUUCUAGUAUGUAAAGACUUUUUAUGGAUCUGAACGGAUUUCCAGCAUUCAGACUGUAUCAGAUUUGCUGUGUUUCAGAUCUGUCAGAUGGAUGUGGAUUCAUCAAAGCUGCUUAACCUGACCCUGAAUCAGUAUUACAGACAGCAGACGACUCCAGGCCGGAACCCCACCGGAGCUGCUGACUUUGGUGCGGAUCUGGUGCUGAUCUGCUCUGAAGUCGUCUGCUGUCUGGGUCCUCAUAACAAAUAAUCCAUUAACAUUAUAAUUAGUUUACAGUACAGUGGCGUCUCAGGCGUGAUCGAUCAUUACAGUUGUCCAUAAGACUGCGUUUUACAAGUAAGAUAAGUGAGACAAUAAAAUGAAAAUGUUCUAUUACGUUCAGGUUUUAAAGUUUAUAGUGUUGUGUGUUGGGGUACAGGUAGAAAAUGGCGAUAAUAGAAUUACGAUUGUUAGCGAAUACUCUCAUUAAUGGAAAAUUCAUAGACUUGCCCCUUUACAUCCUAAAAUCUCACACGUCUACCUGCUGUGUGUUUGUUCUUCUUAGGUGAUCAACAUCAUUGCUCAAUAAAAUCAUUUCUUUAAUUUA